AUUUGAGCAGCACAGAUUGUGUGAUGUAGUAAUGUUUCCGCUGACCCCGCUUACAUUUCAUCCAAAAAGAAAUAAAAUGAGCUAAGACACACAUUUAUAUUUUUAUAAAGUUUGCAAUAUCUUUUAAAAUGUUGAAAUCAUUCAGAUUUUCAGUUCAGAAAUAUGAAUUUUCUUUGCCAGGUAGAUAGUGCUUCCGUUUAUAUAUUCUUUCUUAAGAAAGUGAUUUGGGCCCUCUUCGUUGCCGCUGAUGGUGCAUGCUGUCCUUUUCUCCCACAGUGGUGGCAUCUCCAUCAAGCCCUCUGCAAAUAUGGACCUCAUGAGGGCCGACAUGGGGGGAGCUGCCACGAUCUGUUCGGCCAUCGUGUCUGCUGCCAAGCUGAACCUGCCCAUUAACAUCGUAGGUUUGGCCCCUCUUUGUGAAAAUAUGCCCAGUGGUAAAGCCAACAAGCCUGGGGAUGUCGUCAAAGCCAAGAACGGGAAGACCAUACAGGUUGAUAACACCGAUGCUGAGGGGAGGCUUAUACUGGCUGAUGCACUUUGUUAUGCGCACACCUUUAACCCAAAGGUCAUCAUCAACGCCGCCACCCUAACAGGUGCCAUGGACAUAGCCUUGGGGUCCGGUGCCACUGGGGUCUUUACCAAUUCAUCCUGGCUGUGGAACAAACUAUUUGAGGCCAGCAUUGAAACGGGCGAUCGUGUCUGGAGGAUGCCUCUCUUUGAACAUUAUACAAAACAAGUUGUAGAUUGCCAGCUUGCUGAUAUUAAUAACAUUGGAAAAUAUAGGUCUGCGGGAGCAUGUACAGCUGCAGCGUUCCUGAAAGAAUUUGUGACUCAUCCUAAGUGGGCACAUUUAGAUAUAGCAGGUGUGAUGACCAACAAAGAUGAGGUUCCCUAUCUGCGGAAGGGCAUGACUGGGAGGCCCACAAGGACCCUGAUAGAGUUCUUGCUUCAGUUCAGUCAAAACAAUGUUUAGUUCACAUCCUCUAAAACUCUCUCAUUCUGUUUUAAAUGGGCAGUUGAGCCUCAAAAUAUUUUUGAAUGAAUGGAUGAAAAUAUUUCAAAAGAAACAAAGGGUGGUAUUUAAAAAUGUAGAACAAAAGAAAAUUUGAUUGCCUUGAUUUGUUCAUUUUAUGUAGAGAUUUAUAAAGGUAAAGCUAAUCUCUUGCUUGGCAAAGAUUUUUAAGAUAUUCUAUAAAUGAUCAAAUGUUUAAAAACUACCUGAUUAAUUUUCAGAGUAUAUGUUUUUAAUUGAGCAAAGUUGUCCUUUAGAUUUGUGAUGCGAGGAAUAAAUUAAAGGUUACUAUGCAAUUGUCAGAAAUAAUAAAUCAACUUUUUGUGCUU